AUGAGUGUUCGAGACCCUUUAUUCAUCGCCCAAGAAGCCGUCUGCUUCUAUCCGAUCAGCACCAUCUACGAGUCAUGUCCGCGUUACCUCUUCUACGCCCUUCUUCUGGCCAGCUGCGUCACACGAUGGACAGGAUGGUUGGCCGACGUCUUUCUGGGCGCUGCAGCAACAUACGCCGGUGUCGCAGCGAUUCAGUCGUUCAUUCUUGUUUCAAGUCCCUCGUCGCCUGUGGACCCAGGUCCAGUGAUGAUUCCAAAUCUCCCGAACAGCACCAGCCUCUGGAGCAGUUUCCCUCAGCUCAUCACUGAGAGUGACUCGGUCAUGGUCCAGCCAGCUGCUAUGGACUUGGAUGCUGAUGCCGUUAAUGCCAUCGUGAUCACGGGUUAUCUGGUGUUCCUGCCCUUGCAGUGCUGGUCCCGCGUAUUUUCGCAAGAGCGUAUCCGCGUGAUCCUCUUCUAUCUGUGGAAUAUCUUGAUGCUGGCAGGCUCCAUCUGCGGGUUGGUCUACUCCAAUAUUUCAAAGAAUACGGCGACCCAAUACAUGUUCUGCUAUCCGGACCUGCCUCCGUUCGACGAAACCUCCAGCGAUGGCUGGCAAAGCUCGUGGCGAACGUCCAGCUGGAACAAUAGUGUCUGGAGCGUAUUGUCCAAUAGCACCCUCUGGGCCCAGCUUGGUGACAUCUGCUUCAAUCCUUGCUUCAAUACCAGCCAGGUCCUCCGCAAGCAGACCUCCUUGAACGUCUGGGUUGCGACGAGUGGCUCGGAAUUGGACCAUCCGCACUCAUUCUGGGGCAAAUUCGUUUACUCCCGGCGCUACAUUUACAGUCUCAUUGGCGUCACGGUCAUCUUGAACAUCAUCCUGCUUGUGUCCAGAUUCUUUCCCUACGGUUCCCGCAUUCCAUCCGUCCAGAUCAUGGAUGUGUGGAAAGAGCGUAAAGCCAUAUGGAGCAGCUUCCGUGAAGGCUUCUUGUCAACGAAGGCGACUGCAAUUGCACAGCCGUGUCCUGCCUUGGGCGAAACCGAUCAUCCGUCGCAGAAGGGCUCGACCUGCCACCAAUCGCGAUCCAUCCUAAGCAGGCAUUUCAACAAAGAACGGCUCCGCCUAUUAGUAGACUCGUUCCUGCUCGUUGGGCUGUUGGUCAGUGUCAUCAUCAGCCCAUUGACGUUGAUAGCGUUUGUUAUCUGGAUCGAAUGGUAUAUAUACAAUGAUGGGCCGCCGCAAGAGAAUCCCCAGCAGGUUGGACAAUGGUCCUACCUGGUUUCUAUUGGACUUUUGCUCAUUUCAGCGUUGAUCCUGAGAUGGAAGUAUUGCGUCGCCUCGACCCAAGAAUUAGAUGAUGAAAUACAUAUGCUGAGAGAGCGCUUGACGGAUGUGGAGAGAAGAAGACUACUGGCGAGGGACCGGCAUCUGUAG